AAUUCUCUCUGGAAAAAAAAGAUAGCAAUUUUGAUUUUUUUUUUCAAUAAUCUUUGCACGUGAUUAUGAGAAAAAUGUGUUGAGAUUAAGAAUAUUCUUAUUGAAAGAGUUUGACAUGAAAGAUCCCUGAUAUCUAGGUACUUUUCUUGGCAUUGAGGUUGCACAAUCUAGAAAUAGUAUUUUUGUCUCUCAAUGCAAGUAUGUCUUGGUCCUUAAAAAGAUUGGAAUGCUUUGAUGUAAACUCACCUCAACGCUAUUGGACUCCAAUAAGAAGAUUGGCUCAAGAAUAGAUGGAAUGCUUGAUUGGUUGUCAUAUAUUAAUCUCAUGCUAGACCAGAUAUUGGUUUUCCUGUUAGGGUUGUCAAUUAGUUUAUGAAUAUAUGGAAGAACAUAUGGAAGUUGUUACUCGAGUCCCAAGGUAUCUCAAGAUGAUGAUAGGCCACCCUUGACGUAUGUGUAUGCUAGGGGGGUAAGAAGGAAUGACAGGUCAGCAAGUAGUUAGAAGGGCUGGGGUACAAUGUAUUGGGGUACAGAAUAGAGCUCUGAGCUUGAGUAUUAAAGGGGAGUAUUACGUAUUAUGUUCUUUGUGCUGUAAGAAUUGUGUUGUAUUUGGAGAGAAUCCUAGCUCUCGAAUUCUGGGUAUUUUUAAUGAAAAGGCAGCAAGGGAAUUCAAGCUUAUGAAUCCCUGAUUUUAUUCAAUUCUGAGUUAAUUUCUGUUAAGUUUUACUGUGAUACCUACCAAGUGGUAUCAGAGCAACAGAUCCAAGAUGGGACCGAAACCAAAUUUUCAGAUCGAGCUGGUGGAAGAGAAGAUCGAAGAGGUACAGUCUGAACUGAGGCAGGAAGUUACGGCAAUUCGAUCGCAGAUCGAACACCUGCCGCAGGAGCUGGACGCUUUACGAGCUGACACACAACGAAUUCCAGAAUUGGAAAAGAAGGUGGAAUUCUUGGUUGCACAUAUCACGCAGCUGCUCCAGUCAACUCAGCGACCGGGAAUGGCAAGUACAAGUGCGGCGGAUGAUCGACAGAAGAAGGCAGUCGACGGCGACAGCUCUUCCUCUCAUCCAGCAACCGGAGCUCCUUCGGCGAUGCACCCACCUCCAACACCGUCGACGGGGCAGCCGUUUACACAUCCUGACUUACAGCAAUCUCGCGAUUUCCGACCACCACGCAUCGAGCUGCCAUUGUUUGCUGGCGAGAACCCAGAGGGUUGGGUCUUCCGUGUGGAGAGAUUCUUUCUUCUGAAUCGAUUGAGCGAAGCAGAAAUGUUGGAGGCAGCUAAAAUCGGCCUGGAUGGAGACGCUCUUACUUGGUUCCAAUGGGAGAAUUCCCAUCGCCAGAUUACUUCAUGGGCAUUGUUGAAGCACCUUCUCAUGGUGCGAUUCCGAUUUGCUCCCGUGGGGUCGUCGACAGAAGAGCUACUGUCCGUCAAGCAAGAAUCUACAGUCAGAGCAUAUCGGCUUCAAUGGGAGGCUCUGGCAUCUAGAGUAGUCGGUGUUCCUGAACACGUCUUGGAGGGAAGUUUCAUCAAGGGGUUGAAGGAGGAGAUCCGUGGGCCGUUGCACGUGUUACAACCGUCGGGCCUGGCCCAAAUCAUGGAGACAGCCCAGCGCAUUGAAGAGGGCCAUUUCCUAUCUGGAUUGGGUUUCCACCACCGAACUGGAUCGGCUAGGGCACAGGCCGCCCCAAUUUCGUUGCCCAGAUUUUCACAGCAGCAUCCCAGCACGAGAUCGACUACGGCGUUUUUGGCCAGCUCCCCGCAACCAUCGUCAACCAGCACUGGGCCACCGUCAGCAACGCCAGUCACCCCCCCUCCCUUACGACGGCUAACGGAGCAGGAGUACCAAGAUAAGAAGAAUCGUGGGGUCUGUUUUCGCUGCGAUAAGAAGUUCCAUCGGGGGCACGUUUGUGAACAGAAAUCUUUGCAUGUGAUGUUGAUUGCAGAUGAGAUCGAAGGUUCAGAGAGCCAAGAGUCAGCCCCCUCUAGUCCAGAUUCGGGGGAGGAAACAGUACAGGAAGAACAAUUAGCGAUGCUGUCUCUUAACUCAUUAGUGGGCAUAUCAUCAGCUCACAUAAUGAAAAUAUUGGGGUCAAUAGCCGAACACCCAGUGACUGUGCUUAUCGACAGUGGAGCAACGCACAAUUUUGUGUCGAAGGACCUCGUUAAUGCGGUUAAGUUGCCCGUUACAGAGACUACAGCUUAUGGGGUUUUGCUGGGCACCGGGGGACGAGUACGAACGGAGGGGCUUUGCAAGAAUGUGGAGUUAGACCUGGGGUCGCUACGGGUGGUGACGGAUUUUUUACCGUUAGAACUGGGGGGGAGCCGAUGCUAUCUUGGGUAUACAGUGGCUGAGUACUUUGGGGAAUAUGCAAGUGAACUGGCGCACCAUGGUCAUGAAAUUCGAAAUUGGGGUACAUGGAUUACAUUGCAAGGGGACCCUAGUUUAUGCAAGUCGCAGAUCUCCUUGAAGGCUUUGAUUCAUUCAGUUCAGCAUGAAGGACAUGGCUAUUGGAUUCAAUGUGGUGCACUUACUACCGAAGUUGACAGUAGGCCGACUGAAAAUGGAGCUGAAAUACAAGGAUUACUGCAGAAACAUGAAGCUGUAUUCGACAUGCCAAAAGGACUGCCACCCCACCAUUCUCAUGAGCACCACAUCACCUUGAGAGGAGAUGGCCCCAUUUCAGUGCGCCCUUACCGGUACGCGCAGAUACAAAAAAAUGAGAUAGAAAAAUUGUUGACGGAGAUGUUACAGGCGGGGAUAGUUCAGCCCAGUACCAGUCCCUUUUCGAGCCCCGUACUGCUAGCAAAAAAAAAAUAUGGGAGUUGGAGGUUUUGUGUCGAUUAUAGAGCAUUAAACCGUGAAACAGUUGCUGAUAAAUUCCCCAUUCCAGUCAUUGAGGAGCUGUUGGACGAACUACAUGGGGCAAGGGUCUUUUCAAAACUCGACCUCAAGGCGGGUUAUCACCAAAUAAGGGUGGCAGCAAAGGAUGUUGAGAAGACGGCCUUCCGUACCCAUGAAGGACAUUACGAAUUUUUGGUUAUGCCAUUCGGCCUAACCAAUGCUCCAGCCACUUUUCAAGCCUUAAUGAACGAUGUUUUUCGUGAGUUUUUGAGAAAGUUUGUCUUAGUUUUUUUUGAUGAUAUACUUGUUUACAGCGCUUCCUUGGAGCUUCACUUGCAGCACUUAGAUUUGGUGUUAUCUCGCCUCCGCCAGCAUCAGUUGUAUGCAAAUAAAAAGAAGUGCUUAUUUGGGCAGUCACAACUGGAAUAUUUGGGGCAUAUUGUUUCAGCAGCAGGUGUUUCGGCAGACCCACUAAAAUUGGCAGCGAUGGAAGAAUGGCCAGCACCCAGAAAUUUAAAGGAGCUAAGAGGAUUCUUGGGACUCACCGGUUACUAUCGAAAAUUUGUAAGAGGUUAUGGGUAUUUGGCAAGACCGUUAACGGACCAGCUCAAGAAGGAUGCAUUUGGUUGGAAUGAAGAGGCUCAGGCGGCAUUUAUGGCACUUAAGAAAGCAUUGUGUGAGGUCCCUGUUUUAGCCUUACCAAAUUUUGCUGCCCCAUUUAUAGUGGAGACGGACGCAUCGGGGACGGGGAUUGGGGCUGUUUUGAUGCAGGAACAACGUCCAAUAGCUUAUUUCAGCAAGGCGUUAUCACCUAGAGAUCGCUGCAAAUCAGUUUAUGAAAGAGAGCUUCUGGCUAUGAUUUAG